CGCUUUAAGAAAGUUGAUACACAAUAGCUCCACGUUAUUUACUAAUUAGUUGUGCAUUGCAUGUUGUAUGAGUCAGUUAGUAUUCAUUGGAAUUGUAAUUCUACAGUAUGUAUGUUACAUGGCAUUGUUUACCAUGUAUUGUUCCUCGAAUGUCGAUAACGCAGCUAGAUGGUUGAGGUUUUAUAUAAUGAUCUUCCAUAUACCCUUAUUCAGUAAGAAACAUACCUUCAUGGCCUUGGUAGGGAACUGCAAUCUUGUACCUAAAGGUCAAACGUAAAUUUUUUGAAUCAAAAUUUGACUCGCUAACACAAAAAUGGAGGAUGAGAAUGAAUAUAAGAAAUUGCCGACAGAAGAGAAAUGUGUACACAAGUUAUGGAAGGCUAGGGUAGCUGGUUACGAGGAGGCCAUCAAGCUAUUCAACCAGAUUGACGAUGAGAAGUCCCCGGAGUGGAACAAAUACUUGGGACUGAUCAAAAAGUUUGUCACCGACAGCAAUGCCGUGGCUCAGGAGAAAGGUCUGGAGGCCGCCUUAGUGUUCGUGGAGAACUGCGGCCACGCCGGCAAGACGACCGGGGAGGUGAUGUCAGGUAUCGUUGCCAAGUGCAUCGCCGCCCCCAGGACUAAGACUAAGGACAUUGCUCUACAGAUAACCCUAAUGUACAUAGAAAUAGAGAAACACGAGAUUGUAGAGGAAGAACUGAUCAAAGGCAUGGAACAGAAGAACCCUAAAGUUGUAGCCGCCUGUGUAUCAGCCCUGCACACAUCACUGAAACAGUUUGGCAACAAAGUGAUAGCCAUCAAACCUAUGGUGAAGAAAAUACCUAUACUGCUGUCAGACAGAGACAAGGGUGUCCGAGAUGAGAUGAAGGCGCUUGUUAUUGAAAUGCACAGAUGGAUAGGAGGAGCCAUAGAGCCUCACAUAGCAUCUCUCCAAGCAGUGAUACAGCAGGAAUUGAGAGAAUCCUUCAGCUCUGGUGGUGGCGCCGCCCAGCCUACCCGCUACCUCAGGUCGCAGCAGAACAGAGUGCGGGACACACCCGCCGCUGACUGCGCUGAUGGCGCAGCCGAAGAUGACGACGCCGAAGCAGGCGCCGGUGACUCCGGAGAAAUGGACCCUUACGAUCUACUGGACCCAGUAGAGAUCCUAUCGAAACUGCCGAAGGACUUCUACGAUAAACUGGAAGCUAAGAAGUGGCAGGAAAGGAAAGAGGCUCUCGACGCCUUGGAGAAUUUGUUGAAGUCCGCCCCCAAACUUGAACCGGGAGAUUACGCUGAUUUGGUCAGAGCUUUGAAAAAGGUGAUAUCAAAAGACACAAACGUGAUGUUAGUCGCGUUAGGCGGUCGUCUCCUCGGCAUGGUCGCUACAGGGCUUCGCAACAAAUUCUCUCCUUACGCUUGCGCCUGUGUGCAAGCCAUACUCGAGAAGUUUAAAGAGAAGAAGACUAAUGUGGUGACGGCCUUGAGAGAAGCUAUUGAUGCUAUUUAUCCUUGUACGAACCUUGAAGCGAUAAUGGAAGACAUGCUAGCUGCCUUCGACAAUAAGAACCCGUCGAUAAAAGCGGAGAGUUCCCUCUUCCUCGCGCGAGCGCUGUGUCACACACAGCCGUCGGCUUUCGGCAAGAAGCUCGUCAAAGCUUAUGUCGCUGGACUGCUUAAGUUGUUGGAGAGUGCUGACCCAGCAGUCCGUGACGCGGCAGCAGAAGCCCUAGGCACGGCCACAAAACUGGUUGGUGAAAAGAACAUCGCGCCCCACAUCGGCAAGCUGGACAACCUGAAGGAACAGAAGAUCAAAGAGUUCGCAGACAAGGCUGUAAUACAAGUGAAAGUGGCGGCACCUAAGAAAGAGACGAAAGCUAAACCCACACCUUCGCCGUCGGGUAAAGGCGACGCCAAGCCUACUGCUGGCUCUUCAAACCCGAAACCAGUUAGACGACCUAAUUCUGCUAAAGUCCCAGCUAAGAAAGCGCCGGCAUCCCGUGUGCAGCCGAGUCCGCCGCGAGAACAGGAACUCUCACAAGAGGAAGUUGAUGCUAAAGCCGAGAUGUUGUUCCCUGGUGAUGUUGUGUCAGGUCUCGGCGACAGCAACUGGAAGAGCCGUCUAUCCGCCGUCCAAUCCUUCCACUCGACCGUACAGAGCUUGUCAUCGGGCGACGCCACGUCACAAGUGCUGUAUCGCACGCUGAACAAGAAGCCAGGGUUGAAAGACACCAAUGUACAGGUGCUGAAGGCACGGCUGGAAGCCUGCAAGUAUAUUACUGAGAACUUCCCUGUUUCUACGACAGCAUCCGACUUUGUUCUCCAAGACGUAGUAACAAAACUGGGUGAAGCAUCCUGCUCAGCUAUCUGUGCUGACUGCCUAACGUCCUUGGCUGAGGCCUGCGGUUUGGAGCAUGUCCUCAAUGAAGGACUGACAUAUGCUAUGGACUCGCAGAAGAACCCUAAAGUACAGUCUGAGAUGUUUAACUGGAUGGCCAAUGCGAUUAAGGAGUUUGGUUUCAACAUGAACAUAAAAUCAAUAAUCGCUCACUGCAAGAAAGCCCUAACAGCCACAAACCCGAACGUUCGGACUUCAGCAGUGAAUUUCUUGGGCAUACUGUCUCUAUACGUGGGUCCUUCGUUGAUCAACCACUUUGACAGCGAGAAGCCGGCCACUAAACAGCUGAUCAGCUUGGAGCUGGAUAAACAUGCUAAUAGCUCUCCGCCUACUCCUACCAGGCAGAUUGGUACUGUUAGUAAGUCUGCCAGCAAGGCGUCGGUGGGCGAGGACAUAGAGGAGGCAUUCGAGGAUGCGGCGGAGGAGGAGGCGGCGCCGGCGGAGGACUCGCGGCCGCGCACCGACAUCGCGCCGCUCGUCACCGACGCGCUCAUCGCUGAGAUCAACGACAAGAACUGGAAGGUCCGCAACGAAGCCCUAGAUAAGGUCAAGGCCCUAAUCACGAACUCUGCCCCAAUAAAGCCGUCACUAGGCGAGUUACCCGCAGCGCUAUCAGCUCGACUGUUGGACUCCAACUCGAAACUAGCCCAGAUCGCGCUGCAAAUAUGUGAAGCGCUAGCUACGGCUAUGGGUAGUAGGUGUAAGACGCAUGUCAGGACUUUCUUCCCGGCGUUUUUCCAAGCAUUUGGCGACAGCAAGCAGUGGAUCCGCACCUCAGCAGUGUCGUGUGUAGAGACGUGGUGCCGCGAGGCGGGACCUCAAGCUCCUCUAGAAGGCGAGAUGCUGUUCGACGCUCUCAAGUCCGGCAGUCCAUUGUUGAGAGCUACGUUACUGCAGUGGCUGGCUGAACAUCUGCCUAAUGUGGCACCAAAGUCGUUCCCUCGCGAGGAGCUGGCGGUGUGCGUGCCGCUGCUGUACGCGGGCGUGGAGGACCGCGCCGCCGACGUGCGCAAGGCGGCCGCCGACUGCGUGCUGCCCUUCAUGCUGCACCUCGGCGUCGACGCCAUGCACCGACAACUCGAGAAGCUUAAGCCCGGCUCCAAAACCGUAGUCCAAGCGGCAUUAGAUAAGGCUCGACCGAAUCUACCCGUGCAGCCGUUACCGCCUUCUAAAGGGAAGAAGGACGAGCCUCGCGGCGUCAAGUCCGCCGGCGCUCUGAAGAAGGAAGCUGAGAAGAAGGGCGUCGCUGUCAAGGGCAAGGCACCAGCGAAAUCGGCUUCCGCAUCAAAUCGUGGCAAGAAAGACGAUGAAGACUGCUCCCCUCUACUUCCGAACAACAACGCUAAAAACCAGCGCAUUAUAGAUGACCAGAAACUAAAAGUAUUGAAAUGGAACUUCACAACUCCCCGCGAGGAAUUCUUUGAACUUCUGAAAGAGCAGAUGGCGACCGCUGGACUGAAUAAACAGCUGAUCGCCAACAUGUUUCAUAAUGACUUCAGAUACCAUCUAAAAGCAAUAGAAUCUCUCUCAGAAGACUUACAUGAGAACGGCCAAGCUUUGAUGGCCAAUCUUGACCUGGUCCUCAAAUGGUUGACCCUGAGGUUCUUCGACACCAACCCAUCGGUCAUUCUCAAGGGUUUGGAGUACCUGUCUAUAGUGUUCACACAUCUGAUGGACAGUGAUUAUACCAUGCCUGAGUAUGAGGCCAACUGCUUUAUACCUUAUCUUGUUCUUAAGGUGGGUGAUCCCAAAGAUACAGUUCGUAACGGCGUGAAAGCUCUGUUCAAACAAAUAUGUGUGGUGUAUUCCGUCACCAAGCUGUUCGGGUAUUUAAUGGAAGGAUUGAAGUCUAAGAAUGCGAGACAACGUGCUGAAUGUCUAGAGUGCAUAGGGCACUUGCUAGAAACCUACGGUUCGACGGUAAUGGGCAGCGGUGGCGGCGGCGCGCUGAAGGAGCUGGCGCGGCACAUCGGCGACAGGGACAACGCCGUCCGGUCCGCCGCGCUCAACUGUGUCGCUUCUGCCUACUUCUUAGAGGGGGAGAAGGUCUAUAAGAUGAUUGGACAGAUAUCCGACAAGGAUCUAUCGUUACUGGAAGAGCGUAUCAAGCGUGCCGGCAAGUCGCGCAGUGCCGAGUCCAGGCGCUCUAUGCUUGUGCCGCUGUCUGCGUCCGGACGCCCCAUACAAAUACAGCAAGAGGAACCGGAGCCGCCUCGGCGCGUGAUAUCAGUAGACUCGGUGCCGGCGGAGUAUGAAGAGGAAGAGGAGGAACAACUUCCCCCGCCUGCACCAAUGCCAGUCGCCCCACCAGAACCGCGGGUCAUCACAGGACCAUUCGGUCUGGACCCGGAGCUAAUAGCGCAACUGGAUGCGGCAGUUCCCGUGCUACGUCAGCCCGACGUGGCAGAAAUAGAUCUCAAGUUCCUCGACGAGCCCAUCCCUACCAGUGGGGUGAGGCCACAGAUGUCGCAUACGCAGACGCCUAUUAGAUCUAGCAUGGUAGGCAUGUCGCCGCCGCGGGCGCCGGCGCCGCACCCGCUGGUGGCGCCGCAGCCGCACUCGCUGGCGCCGCACGUGGACGACUCGCAGCUCGCCGACACCAUACACUCCAUCGCCAGCCCCGACCUCAAUGCUGCAAUUCGUGCGUUAUCCCUGAUCUCAGGCGCUCUAGUGUCGGGUCGGGGUGGGGCGCUGGCCCCACAUGAGGCUCGACUCAUCAGCGCUAUAGCGGCACAAGUACGGCGCCUGAGGUCCGCGCCGCCGCAUGAAGCUACGCCAGCCUACAAGUGCCUAGCUAGCGCUCUUACUACUUUCUACGAGACAGCGGGCUGUGGGUCCCACGUAGGCGAAGCAGCACUAUGUUCUCUCCUAGGCGAGUUGCUUCGAGUGCUGGGUGCCGGCGCAGGCGCGGGCAGCGGGCCCGACGCGGAGAAACUCGUGCGCAUACUCAACAACGUGUGUGUCAGGGUGCUCGAGCACUCGCCUAGGACUCCUCUGUUAUGCGCAAUAGUAUCUCUUCUCCACGAGUCCAUCGGGGUAUCAGACCCAGCCUACCCCCGCUACCAGGACCUGCUCCUCAAGUGUUUCUGGAAGACCCUCAAGAUGAUAGCCUCGUGGGACGCCAACUCCAUAGACUACGACGCGGUCCUCUACAGAAUACAUCUCUUCUAUAAGGCAUACCCUAAUAGCUAUUGGAAGAAGAACCCAGAUAUUAGCGAUACGCCUUACAGGACAGUGAAGACGCUGGUGCAUACUCUAGUCAAGAUGAAGGGUGGCUCCAUCACAAACCAUCUCACACAAAUACCAGAUGUCAACGAGUCUGACUUGUAUCCCUAUCUACUCAAAGUACUCAAGCAACUAAAACUGGACGAGAAGAAAGAGAACACAUCAGACGCACUGAACGGCGGUUCAGUCCUAGCGUCAGUGCCGCCGAACAACGCGGCGCUGGGCGCCGGCCGCCUGCCCCGCGCCGUGCACGAGGAGCUCGCCAGCAUACUGAAGAGAAUCGGCACCAAGGACCACAACAAGGACGCACUGUCGCAGCUAUAUGAUCUUAGGGAGCGUCACCCAGAGGUGGACAUCUGGACGUUCAUGCAGGGCUCGUCGUUCUACUUCCGCAACUACGUGGAGCGAGGCCUGCGCGAAGUCGCCGACCAGAGGAAGCUCGCCUCCAUGCCUAUUUACAAGCACGACUACAAGUCUGAGAACAUCGAUAUAAGUAAUGAAAACGACGAAAAAUCACACGUGAUAUUCUUGGAGAGACUUAGAGCUUUGCAGGCCAAAGCGGGUCUUAAGACUGAGUCAUCACCGUCGUCACAGCCGCGCACACCUAUCGGCGACAACCGAACACUCGUCGACUCCAUCAACGAGAACACACUGCCCAGGACACACAGCAUCGACCCACAACUUGAUCUGCACACAACACAAGCCCUAUCCCAACGCAACGAAGCAGAAGUGGACGCGCUGCGCCUCAAGCUGCAACAAAUAAAGAGCUCUUCCAAAAGAUAGGCUGCCCCCCAACACAAUAGCCACGGAUUUGUAGCUCUCUCUUACGCCAUCGAUAUAUAGCACGUUGCCACUACACUAGAGUAACGAACUUAGUCGAUUCCCAAAUCACUCGACCCAUUUAGUCGAUUACAAUUCUCGACUAAAAUCGAUUUCAAAUUCAUCGACUAAAAACUAAAUUAGCCUUCACUUUCGCGUCUACACUGCUUAUUUUUAUUUAUGUAAAUUGACUAUUCGGCUUGCCUGAAAUAACUCGAAAUUUUAAUCUCAUUUGUUUGUCAUGUAGUUUAAGACUAAAGGCCUAUGCGUGUUGCGACGUUCGAAGCCCUUACUGAGAGUUAAACAUGACAAUAUAGUAAUCAGUAUAGCCUGCACAGGGUAUUACGCUUCGUGAAUAUACUUGUGUCUUGGUAAGGGUUAUGUUCACUUGGUUAGGAUAAAAUUUCGUCUUUCAUUAAACCUUCUUGUGUGCUAAAUCGAUGUUUGAUAGAUUUAUGGAGUUUAGAAGCUAGAUGUAAUUUACAGUGGUGAAACAGUUGCUGGUUUUAGGAUGGCUGUGGUAUUUUAAACACUAGUCUAUUGCAGUAAGUACGAAAAGCGAUUUCUUUUCUUUAUUACAAAAUAAUAUUGAGAAUGCGUUUUUCAAAACAUAUACUUUCAUCGAAAGCCAGUGCACAGCGAGUGAAUUCAUUGACCAUAUAAUUAAUUGAAAGGAAUAUUGAAUCUAGGCAACUGAUUGACCUACUGUAAGUAAUUUCUAGCACCAACAGAUCAAAAUGUAUCUGUUUUAAAUUGAUAUAAAGUUAUAACGAAGUGCGAUUGCAUUUGCAGUGUUGGUCGGCAACAAAUGUAUAACUUGAAAUGAUUUCCCUUCUAUAGUUUUUCUUGAUAGUCAAUUCACAAUUGUUGCUGACUAGCCGCGAAUUUUGUGAGUAAAACAGUGAGAUAUUUGAUGUUAAAUUAAACGUAUACCGUGUAAGACUAGAGGCUAUAUUAUGCACUCUGAUAUGAUGAACUAAAAACGUAAUAAGUAUAACUGGAAAAUAAAAUUAACAUGGUUUCAAUAUUGAUAUAAUAAUUACCCUAAAUCUGUGCUACUAAUUUAGUCUCGGCCAACUGUAGGCACUUAGGAAACGGUUUUAACUAUAGUAAAUGAAGCUCACAGAUGUUUUCACGGUGUGUCUCAUUCGCACUCAUUGUUGCACUUUGCGGAGUAGUGAGGAAAUGGAGUGAACAAAAACAUUAAAUUCUGUAGUCAUUGUGUUCCACAGAAGUUGGUGGAGUCCUCUAGCCACCAAAUGAAGCAUCCAUUUGCUCACUCAUCUGUGUCGCACUUUUAAACAAAUCAUGUAUUUUGUAUUGUAAGCAGUCGUGCCCCAUUCACGUCUCAUACAUACAUAAUGGCAUUAGUUAUGUACUCAUUAUUAUACAAUAGAAGCAAACCAAGCAUCCUUAUUUCAAAGACUUGUUUUGCUGUACAUAAAACAUAUUUUUUCAACGUUAGCCUACCGGAAUAUAAAGUUUAAUUAAGUCUUAUGGUACUAACAUCUGUGGUGUAGAAAAUUAAAAAUGCCAGUGUAUAAACGAAAUUAUAUAAACAACAUAAAAUGUUAGUGUUUUACAAUGGAAUUGUAGUAGCCAUGUAAAGCGAUAAACGUAAUCCUUAGCCAAUCAAAACAAUAAUCAUUGUUUAAAUAAUAAAUGAUAUUAAAUAGCCUUUAGCGAGAGCAUUGACCCUAGUUUUGUAUCUAUGAUUGUUCAAUGUAGUUUUCAUUUAAUUUGAAAACUAUUAUUGAUGUAUAUAUCAUGUAUUACUAAUAAUGUUUUGUAUGUUAAUUUUUAUGUAUUUUUUAUUGAAUUCGUGUUGAGUUUUGGUUGUCUGUGUUUGAAGACUGUUUUAAGUGAUUGCGAUAUGAUUUAGCAAUACUUGUUUUGGGUGGGAUAAACGGUUGAUGGACGAUUAGUAUAACUAUUUACAAUGAAAUAUAAUUCAAGCCAUUCGUAAAAGUCGAUAUUUACUCGAUGAUCGAUUUUAUCUGGGUGUUGACAUUUAAAAUGUAAACUGGCUAGUUAGUUCAGAAACCGUUUGUUCCACUAUUUGAUGUUGUGUUUACUCAAUAAUUUGUGUUGAAGAGGUGUGUUGAGUUUAGUUACAGAUGCGCGACCAGUCGUCAUCCAGUAGGUUUGUUAGAAAACUUGUAAGAGCUGAGAUGAGGCCAUAAUAUUAAUAUAUUUUAAUACCCCCACGUUUCAUAUAACCCGCUGAGAUUGUAAUCUAUACAUUCCUCCCAGUAUUGGAUUUUUGUACAAAAUUAUAAGCCAUUUUCAUCAAACUAUUUAUCGAACAUUGUGUUCAUUCAGUCACUCAUUCAUUCAUUUUUGUUUUUUUAUUUCCAUUUUUAUGGCAAUCCAAAGUAUUUUUCUGCCUUUGGAUUCCGAGUAGUCUUUAUAAAAAAUCAUGAUUGAACUGAAUAUCGGGCCUUUUGAAAAGAUAUUACACGAAAAGGUGUUCAAGAGUUUUUAAACGUUAGUUUUCAUUGUUGAUUGACAUUGUCUGUGGUAAGCGUUUGAGGUAGUUUCAGAAUAUAAUUUUAAUAAAAACAAUGUACUCGAUAUGUUUAAACAAAUAUUCGAUUCGCUUAUAGUUAAGCAACUCACUCUUUUUACGAUUCCUAUUAAACUUACUCUACAGAAAAUGUACCCCCUAGAUUUGUUUUACAUUUAAUUUUCUUCGAUACAUAUUCUUUAUUUCAAUUCGGUAAAUUAGGUUAAUUUCUAUUAUUGUCUUUAGUAUAAACAUUCGCUUUUUAAACAUGACUUCAUAUUGAUUAUUGUGAGCAUUUAUUGUAUUAUGUAAAUUAAUGUUUAAAUCAUGAUGUAAUAUUAAUAAUAAAGUUCAUACAACACUGAAAA